CGCGUUCUUUUCAUUGAGUGCACGGUGCAAGAUCCCGCGGGCCUUGUUUUAGUCACUCUUUAUUUAGCGUCGCCUCAGAAACGAGCAGUUAAUAUAGGGCUGCUGGGAUCUUCACCCUCUUUUGCACUGAAGUAUCCAGGGUUUUAAAUGAUGUUGAGUUUGCUAUUUAUUGCUGCUCUCGCAGCGACCGCGAGGGCAAGCGAUGUGCUCGACUUAACGGAUGACGAUUUUGACAGCAAAAUCGGAGAUCACGACCUUAUCCUCGUUGAAUUCUUCGCACCCUGGUGUGGCCAUUGCAAACGUCUUGCACCUGAAUAUGAGGUGGCCGCCACUCGACUGAAAGGCAUCGUGUCUCUUGCCAAGGUGGACUGUACUGCCAAUUCCAAUGUGUGCGGUAAGUACGGUGUAAGCGGCUAUCCAACCCUGAAGAUCUUCCGAGGCGGAGAGGAUUCUGGUGGCUACGAUGGUCCCAGGACAGCCGAUGGCAUUGUGAGCCACCUAAAGAAGCAGGCGGGCCCAGCCUCUGUGGAGAUCAAAAGUGAGGCCGAGUUUGAGAAGUUCAUCGGGGACCGUGAUGCCAGUGUUGUGGGUUUUUUUGCUGAUGGUGGAAGUGCUGCUCAGGGAGAGUUCCUGAAGGCCGCUAGCGCUUACAGAGAGUCCUACCGAUUUGCUCACACCAAUGUUGAGGACCUGCUAAACAAAAAUGGCGUUGAUGGAGAGGGCAUUGUUUUGUUCCGGCCACCUCAGCUCAGCAACAAAUUUGAAGACAGCAGUGUGAAGUUCACAGAGGAAUCGUUCACAAGCGCAAAGAUCAAGAAGUUUAUUCAGGACAACUUUUUUGGCAUGUGUCCACACAUGACUGAUGACAACAAAGAUCAGCUGAAAGGCAAGGACUUGUUGGUGGCUUAUUAUGAUGUGGACUAUGAAAAGAACCCUAAGGGUUCCAACUACUGGAGGAACAGAGUAAUGAAGGUGGCCAAGGGCUUCCUGGAUCAGGGGAAGAAGCUUAGCUUUGCUGUGGCCAAUAAGAACAGCUUCAGUCAUGAUGUGUCCGAACUGGGUGUGGACGGCAGCAGCGGAGAGCUGCCCAUUGUUGGCAUCCGAACUGCCAAGGGCGACAAAUACGUCAUGAAGGAGGAGUUCUCCCGUGACGGAAAGGCCUUGGAGGGAUUCCUGCAGGAUUAUUUUGAUGGAAAGCUGAAGCGUUAUCUCAAAUCUGAGGCUGUUCCCGAGAACAACGAUGGCCCAGUGAAGGUCGUUGUGGCUGAGAACUUUGACUCGAUUGUAAAUGAUGAUGGCAAGGACGUUCUCGUUGAGUUCUAUGCUCCCUGGUGUGGGCACUGCAAGAGCUUGGAGCCUAAAUUCAAAGAACUUGGGGAAAAGCUUUCCAAUGAUCCAAAUAUUGUAAUCGCAAAGAUGGAUGCUACUGCUAAUGACGUUCCCUCUCCAUAUGAAGUUAGAGGAUUCCCGACAAUCUAUUUCUCUCCUGCCGGUCAGAAGCAGAGUCCAAAGAAAUAUGAGGGCGGUCGUGAGGUCAGCGACUUUAUUACCUACUUAAAGAGAGAGGCCACUAACGCUGUGGUGGUUGAGGAGGAAGACAAGAAAUCAAAGAAGAAGAAGAAGUCUGAGUUAUAACAGCCCAACAUCUCUGAGGAGGGAAUUUUGCAGGAGAUGUAAAUUAUAUUCCAAUCUUUAGUGAAACAGAGUGCUCUGACACAAUGCCAGCCCUUUCUUGGGCCUGCUGCUCUGGGAACACUGUCGAAGGUUGUGGUGGCCAGACUGUGUGAUUUUUAGAUAAGUGGAUGAGGUACAGAUUUGUCUAAUUGAGAUUUUUUUCCCUCUGCUGUACCUUGGAGAAAUGCACUUUUGAGACCAAUUCCACAUAUUUGUUUUCCUCAUUGAAAAGGGUAGGGGAUUUGGUGAAUUAUGUUUUUAUACCAUGCUUUUUUUUUUUGUACAUUUGGAAGGAUUGUGAAAUAAAAGGCCCACUAAACCUA